UGAUUCAGUGUAUCCCAGUUAGCGAGCUAAUCAGAACUAAUCAUAUAAACGAGCAAUGUCAGUGUGAGGUCGGGGUUACAAGGCGAUCUUUGGACACGCUUUACAGACCUGGAAUCAGCCAUUAUUUCGGGUUUUGUUCGCUCUGUAUCAUCUGACAUAAAGGGGCAUGGAGAAAGCAAAACAAGAUGCCUUCGAUAAAGCCAGGCUGCAGGUCAUAAAGGACGGCUAUGAGAGGGCCUUCGAGUGCAUUAACAAGGGCCUGACAGAGGACGAGGCAGGGCGCAAGGAGAAGGCCCUGGAGUUGUAUCGCCAGGGCCGGCAGCACCUCCUCAGGGCCAUCAGCGUGCCCUCGCAAGGGGAGGAGUGCGUAGGGGCCUCCUGGGACUCAGCCCGUCAGAUGCAGCAGAAGAUGCAGGAGACUCUGAACAAUAUCACUACCCGCCUGGCUGUGCUGGAGACCUCCUCUGAGUCGGGGACGUCUAGCGCCAACGGGUUGCCCAACAACGGCACCGCCGAAGCAGCCUCCCAGUCCCUGUACCCGAAGCUUCCCACGAAGGAGAAACCAGAGAGGCCGGCCCCGCCCAAAGUGCUUUCCGCCAACGGUCAGGCGGGCGGAGCAGGUAGUGCGACACCAUCAGGGAGCCAGGCGACCCCGCCUGCCCCCCGAGUGGGAGAUUUGCCCCCAGCCUACACUGCCCAAGCAGCCGAAGGCCACCUCAGUCUCUCCUACGGCACGGACUCUGGGGAGAUGUCCGUCGUUGGAGAGGAGUUCUACAACCAAGCGCCCAGCUCGGCCCCACCCCUGCAGAAUUUAGGGGAGGACGGGGAGGAGCUGCUCCUCAUCCCUCGAGGGGUACAGAUAUUUUUUGUCACACCUGACGGGCAGGUCAGCGCCCCCUCUUACCCUGGCUACCUACGUAUUGUCAAGUUUACUACCAAACCCUCGGACAGCGCCCCCAACAGGCCCCCAGCCUUCCUACAGGUGUGUGACUGGCUUUACCCACUGAUGUCCUCAGACUCCCCAGUUCUGCUGUGCAACACCGGCGUGUUCAUGUUCCCUGACAUGAUGGCCCCCACUCCCGGGUCCUACGUGGGCGUGGUGCUGUCCUCUGAGCUGCCUGCGUCAGAGUGCGAGCUGUUUCGGGACCUACUCUCUCAGCUGACUGAUCUCAGGGUGCAGGCCCCAGAUGAAGCAGGAGACACCAUUAACCUGAGCCAGAAGGUCCCCUUGGUCCCUCCGGAGGAGGGUGAAAAGCCCUUGCCAGAGUGGAGUGAGAAAGUGGCCCAUGGAAUCCUCUCAGGGGCCUCAUGGCUAAGCUGGGGAUUGGUGAAGGGGGCAGAGUACACUGGAAAAGCCAUCCACAAGGGGGCGACAAAACUGCGGGAGCACAUCACCCCCGAGGACAAACCGGCCACCGUUAGCCCCACCGUCAGCAAAGGGCUAUAUGUUGCCAAGCAGGCUACCGGGGGUGCUGUGAAAGUCAGCCAGUUUCUAGUGGACGGGGUCUGCACCGUGGCCGGUGCUGUGGGGAGGGAGCUGGCGCCCCACGUGAAGAAGCACGGAGGCAAGCUGAUCCCAGAAUCCCUGAAGAAGGACAAGGAAGGACGCUCCAACAUCGACGGGGCCAUGGUGGUGGCAGCCAGCGGGGUGCAGGGAUUUGCAACCAUGUGGACUGGCUUGGAGGUGGCAGCGAAGAACAUCACCAAAAGUGUGGCGGCAGAGACUGUCACCACCGUCAAGCAUAAGUACGGAGCGGCAGCCGGCCAGGCCACAGACCACGCCGUCAACUCGGCCAUCAACGUGGGCGUCACCGCCUUCAACAUCGACAACCUGGGCAUCAAGGCCGUGGUGAAAAGAACAGGCAGGCACACGGCCCAAGCCAUACUGGAGGACUACAAGCUCCAGGAGAAGGCAGAGCCGGAGAAGAAGUCGGUGGAACCGAACAAGAAGGACAAAUAGCCUAAACUUCUAUUCUAAUAUUUCAACUCUUGUAUACUUCUUAGAGCCUUAAUAUAUUAUCCAUAUUCUUAUAAAACAAAACAAAGAUAUUUAUAUUUAAAUGCUUUAUAUUUUACUAUUAAAAUGCUAUGUCUGCCUAAUAGUUUGCAUUAUAAAAAAAUGUCUUUAUGGGUUUAGAUAUCUGGUAAGCACUUUAACCUUCACUUUACCUUUUCUUUAUGAGAAGAUGAGCAAUGAAGGACAAGUCUGCUUUAAAGAUUGGGUUGAGGUGUGAUGGCUGUAUUACCUGUGUGCAAUUUAAGUAUGCGCUGGAUGUGAAAUCUACCUGCUUAUAAUUUAACUAAAUAUAUAUUUUUAGUUUUAACCUCAUCUGUAAUAUUGAUAACGGUAUGAUGUCUGUUUCAAGACAAGGCUGUAAAUCUAUGAAGGUGUUUUCUGGUCUUAUGUGUUUUAUUGUUUGUGUCUUGGAAGCACUGUGUGUUUAUCACCUUUAUGCACUGGACUCUGCAGGCUUGACCUCGGGAAGUGUGCUCACUGAGAUCUCACAGUGUUUCAGGGUUCUUUUCAGUUUCUACAGGUGGACUUUCUGUUAGCCGGUAGCUAAUAUAUGUCUAGCAGAUUGCCUCCCAUGGGCUCACACACUUCUUAGCAGCUGGCCUGUGCAGUCUAGUGCCAGUGCUAAACAAUGUAUUAACUAUUUUUUAUUUCCAUCAAAAGCCAACUGCCACUGUGUGUUUGUCUUAUUGUUAUAGUUUUUGACCCAUUGCAUACUGUUUUUUUUUUUUUUUUUUUGGCUGUCAUACUGUGAAGGAGUUUUUCUUUUCAUUACUCAUUUUCUUGAAGUUGCCCUUUUCAGAGCAAUGUUCAGUUUGUAUUUUUUUUCCAUGUUUUCCAUCCAUGUGAAUGAAUAUUUACUUGCUGCUCAAGGGUACCUCCCCACACGAUUAAAACGCAGUUCUCCAGUCAGUAUCAAUCUCUCACUGCAUUCAGUAUUCCAUAGGCCCCCCAGAACAUCCAGUAGGAGUGCCUUCAGAGGAAUUUUGGUAACAUCACCAACCUACCCAGGACACGUUUCUGGAAACUUGUAAAAUAAGUACAUUGGAAAUAUUUCAGUUAAUCCUUUGAAAACAUAAGUUAUUAUGUACAAAUUAUGAUUGCGCAGAGGAAAUUUCCCCAUCUGAAGGCGAUCGUUGUCAUUUUUAGUUGUUUGCACUGUGUUGCUUUCUUUAGAUUUGCAUAGGUCCUACAAAAACAAAUGCCUGUGAGCUUUCACCAAUAUCAUGGUGAGCCUCUCUGCAUACUGUUACCAGCCAAAACCACAUUUUUACAUGUUUUGGGGUGGCACAUGAUCAUCAGCCAUAGAUAAAAUGCAAACUUGACCAAACUGAAACUUUAAGUUACAGUUCAUAGGUUUCUAAAUGCAAAAAAUAUCACCGACUAAUACAUGCAUAAGAAGGUGUGAAGAUGCAUUGUCUAACAUAUAUACUGUACAAAUUAAUA